UGGUCACGAGCUUCCCAGGCUCAGUCAAGUGAAGAUCGUUUGCCUGGCUGUGCGAAGUAAAAAUGGUUCCGAGAAGGAAUUCUGAAGGAAGGGGUUGGAUCCUUUGCUCUGAUCUUAAGGAAGAUGCUUAAAAUGGAUAAAGGAAGGAGAAAAUCCGCCUGCUUUACAAACUAUAUAAUAGUUAGCUUGUGCCUUCUGCUGGUCCGAUUUGUUCCUUGGGGACCUGUAGAGGCAAGGCCUUUGCUCAGUCCUAAAGAGCGCUGUGGUGCUUGUGAAAAGCCUAAUGUUGUGCUGGUGAUGUGCGAUUCUUUUGACGGAAGGCUAACAUUUUCCCCCAAAAAUGAAACUGUAGUUUUGCCUUUUAUAAAUCUCAUGAGGAGGCAAGGCAGUCUCUUUCUUAAUGCCUACACCAAUUCCCCCAUUUGCUGUCCAUCCCGUGCAGCCAUGUGGAGUGGCCUUUUCACUCACUUAACGGAGUCCUGGAACAACUUCAAGGGCUUAGAUCCAAAUUAUAGAACAUGGAUGGACCUUAUGGAAAAGAAAGGCUACUACACCAAAAAAUAUGGAAAACUAGAUUAUACUUCUGGACAUCAUUCCUUAAGCAACCGUGUGGAGGCUUGGACCAGAGAUGUUGAUUUUUUGCUUCAGCAAGAAGGCAGACCUGUGGCUAAACUCAUAGGUAACAAGACAUACAUAAGAGUUAUGCAAAAAGAUUGGAAGGUUACUGAAGAAGCAGCAAAUUGGAUAAAAAAUAAUGCAACUAAACUAUCACAGCCCUUUGCUCUGUACCUUGGACUAAAUUUGCCUCACCCAUAUCCUUCACCAUCCUCAGGAGAAAAUUAUGGGGCAUCCACAUUUCUCACAUCUCCAUAUUGGCUACAGAGGGUGUUUUAUGAUGCCAUAAAGAUUCCAAAAUGGCCUCCAUUUUCAGAGAUGCAUCCAGUUGAUUAUUAUUCUACUUACACUAAGAACUGCAGUGGACAAUUUACACAGGAAGAAAUCAGAAAUAUUCGAGCACAUUAUUAUGCCAUGUGUGCAGAAACGGAUGCCAUGCUUGGUGAGAUACUUUCUGCUCUAAAUGAAACAGGACUGCUUGGAAGAACUCACAUAAUAUUUACUGCAGAUCAUGGAGAACUUGCAAUGGAACACAGACAGUUUUAUAAAAUGAGCAUGUAUGAAGCAAGUUCCCAUAUUCCCCUCCUUAUAAUGGGUCCAAAUAUUAAGUCACAGUCCAUAUCAAAUAUGGUGUCUCUUGUGGAUAUCUAUCCUACCAUGCUUGACAUUGCAAGUAUCCCCAUUCCAAAAAACCUCAGCGGAUAUUCACUGAUGACUUUGAUAUUAGAAAAGGGAGAAUAUAAAGCCCUAUCUAGAAGGCUCCGUCCUCCUUGGAUUCUGAGUGAGUUUCAUGGCUGCAAUGUGAAUUCUUCAACCUACAUGCUGCGAAUUGACAAAUGGAAAUACAUUGCUUAUUCAGAUGGCCACUCCGUAUCUCCUCAGUUGUUUGAUCUUUCAACUGACCCAGAUGAACUAACAGAUGUAGCCACAAAGUUUCCAGCAAUCACACAAUCUUUGAACAAGAAGCUAUACCAUAUAAUUAACUAUCCAAAAGUCUCUACCGCUGUUGAACAAUAUAAUAAACAGCAAUUUAUCAGCUGGAAGCAAAGUUUAGGGCAAAACUAUUCAGAUACAAUAGCUAACCUCAGAUGGCAUCGGAGCUGGAAAAAGAACCCAAAGAAAUGUCAACAUGCCAUUGACACAUGGAUUAAUGAAUAAAAUAGUAAGAUUUCUGACAACAUAUGUAUAUAUUAUUGAAUUAUUAUAUCUUGCUACUCUAAAAGAGAACAUAAAAAUCAGAAUUAUCCACUAUUCCCAGCUUCCCUAUCUCCUUAUAUAAAUUCACCCUACCAACCAAUUCUUUAAUCAGAAUGCAUUAGCCAGAUUUAAAACUGGUUAAGAGUAAAACCUGAUAAUGGAUAAUAUGAUGCUGCUAUCAAUUGUGUUGCAGUGAAGAUGAUGACACCAUAUGUGCAGUAGUGUGAUUAGGCAAAUGAUGUUGCCAUUACCUGUGUAUCCCAACAUCUAACAGAGUAUUUAAGUUGUUGCAUUUAUAUAAUCACAUGGUCAUACAUGUUGUGAUAUUUGCUCCCCUUACUCCCCAAUGAUUUGAUUUCUCUCAAGGCUUUUUUUUUGGGGGGGGGGGAUGCAAAAAUAUUUCAAGCUUAUCAGCUCCUGCCUCUCUAUUCCUACAGUAUGGCACUCAGAAGAUAAGAAACAUUCUAUUUCCUUUUGACUGAGAUUCUCCAAGUGGUGACCUGUAAUUGAGCCAUACAAUGUGGGUCCUUGGUGGCCUCUGAGCUUGGUUGCUUGCUUGCAGAUAGUUCAUUACAUAUGCAUAUGUAUAUGCAUACAAGCAAACAAAACAAUGUUUGGUGUUGUAUAAAUCCAGUCCAGUGUUUAUUUAAUAAGUUAUGCAUUAAGUAUGGCUUAGUAUGAGAUACAAAUACAGUCUAUAUCUAACAUAAAAUAAAGUAUGGUUAGUCUAAAUUGUGAUUUAAGAGGAUAGCUCAACUUUGCUCCCCAGAGCAUUAUUUGCUAUAAUUGCUGAGACUGUUGGAAAUUUUCAGUACAAUAACAUUGACCCAAAGCCUGGUUUAGAUAAAUAAGUCAACUUCAUAGUGCAAUUAUGAAGUUAACUGUAGUUGAACAAAUUAAUAGGGUUCAUAGUUUUGAUUACAAACAUACCGGUAAUUAUAAAGUGGGGAUGGGGGACGUCAAAGUUAAAUAAAAUAUGUAUAUACCACCAUCAUUUAAUCAUAUGCAUACUAUUUUUAAUUUAAAAAAUCUAGCACUGCUCACAAGUAAUAUGGCAGACUCUCAUUAAAGGGAAAGAAAUGGGGCUAGAGGAUAAUAUAAAUGAUCUCGUGAAUCAAUCCUUAUACUUUUAUUGACUUGCUGAGAUGAGAAUAUGACAGUUUGCUAAGGAUAAGGGAAAUCCCUGCAGCCUCUUGCAGUAUAACAGUUGUGAGAGGCCAAAUUAAGUUUGUCAUGGACAUGAGGACUUAUAAGGUAAUAUUUCUGCAAAUGGCAAACAUGAGGGCAUCAUUCUGCAAAGUACAUUGUGCUAAAACUAGACUAAAUAGCAUGCUAAGAACAGCCUUUCAAUCAUAUAUGAUUUGGAGUAGUUGAAAAGGCCAAAGCCUGAUUUCUUGUUUCUUGUCACUUGUUUUUAAGCAUUUUAUCUCUACUUGAGAACAAAUGCUCUAAUCUAAGUGACUCAUAAGUAAGUCUUCCAAGAUAAAGUACUUAACACUGUGGCAGUUGUAAGCAAACAUUUGCCCACCCAUUGAGCAAUGAUAGCUUAUGAAAAACUGCUUUCCAGACAUGUUUAGAACUAUCAAAAUGUUGGCUGAAAUUAUUAAAGAGCAACAAUUCCUUACGUGAUUUUUGUCAUUUUCAAGAAAAAAAUAAUUCCUUUAUGAACAACUAUGCAGGCCCUGGCCAGAAGCCUUUUUAGUGCACCAGGACUACCCUUGUACUUAUCAGGUUCAACAAGAUCCCACAAACGGGAUAUGAGAACAAAAUGUUCUCCAACAGCAUUUUAUUCUGAGGCAUAUUGGAACUUUAUAUGAGGCAUGCCUAGAAGCCACAGAUACCAUAGUAUUAUUAUCCACAAUAGCUAUGUUAUAUUGUCAGUACUCAGUUAUGUUUGCUUAUAAAUAUAUAAAAGUACAUUGAUGAACUUGUCCUAUUGAUUUCAUUUAGUCCACAGUCCAAAUAUUGUGCUGGAUCUAAACUAAUAUUUUAUAUUUAAUGUUUUGGGCAUAUGGGACAUAUGAAUAAGGUGUACAUCAAUCAUUACAGUAUGAACACUCAGAAAACAGAAACAUAAGAUUUCACUCACCCUGCAUAUGUACAUGUUUGGAUGUUAACAAAGCUUUCUAGAUAGCAAGUCUUUCCAUUAAGGUCUCAGAAGAAGGCAGCCCCUGGUUGGGCCUUGUCCAUGGUCAAACGUUAGACAAAGUAGGCCCUGAUUAACACUUUGAUGGGAGGCCAUUAAGAAAUCACAAGGCUAACUUCGGAGUCAAAAAAACUAGAAGAAUUACUGUUAUCAAGAAAAAUACAUGAAUAUAUCUACGGUAUAUAGUCUGCAUGAAUUCUGGGAGUUGAAAUCUAUGCAUCUUAAGGGUUCCCAAAGUUGAGAAACACUAGGUUAGAGUAAUGAAGAAGCAAAUGUGAAGUUUAAAAAAUCCUAAUUAGAUGGACAUCUUUCAAAAAGAAAAAAAAGAACGUCCCUUUCUCUUCUCUGCUGAAUUUGCCUCUCCCACUUUGUCAUAAUAAAGUGCUCAUAUUCAGAAUUUUUGGUUCUUUUUAAGCCAUAGUCAACGAGAGGUUUCAGUGGCUUUCAAUGCUUCUUGCUUUGGUUUUUCCCAUCUUGAGCUCUUGUUUUUGCAAAUUAUACAUCACACAAACUUUUGUAUUUGAUUUCUGAUGGCCUGAACAAUAGUACUUUUGCUUUAGACCAUAAAUUUCACCAGCUUUUUUCUUCUCUGUAAGACAAAUUGUCGACCUUUUGGACACUGGUGGAUACUUUUGUAAUUUGGAUUGCAUUUUAUGCAUAUUUCGCAUAACAACUGCUGUAUAGGAAAUAGCCAACCAAGAAGUAUUCAUUUAUAGCAUGCAAAUAGGUGGUAUUUUUAAUUUAAAAAAUCUAACACUGCUCACAAGUAAUAUGGCAGACUCUCAUUAAAGGGAAAGAAAUGGGGCUAGAGGGUAAUAUAAAUGAUCUCGUGAGCCAAUCCUUAUACUUUUAUUGGAAAUAGGAAAUAGCCAACCAAGAAGUAUUCAUUUAUAGCAUGCAAAUAGGUGGUAAUGCUUCCUGCCCUUCUUUCCUUUGUGUAUAGUAUCUUACCAACUCCACAGCUUAUUUUUAUCCUAUUUAAUGGGCGGAAGGAAAAUGCUUCCAAGCCACACACUGAACUGCAGUUGGAUGCAGUGUUUAUGUUCUGGAAAUAUUUAUGAGCUCCAUGUAGCAACCAAUGGGAUUCUUGGGGAAAAAAUACUGGAAAAUAGCACUUUGCUUUGUAGCAAAAUACAGCUAUUAUUUACUUCUUUAAAAAUAAUAAAUUAUUUCAACAUUAGUGAGGAAUUGGGGCCAUGGUAGGCCCUAAAGGAGAUAUCUACAAGUCCAUUGAUACUCAUAAUACCAUCUUAGGGAUUCCAAGACUAGUUGGCUGGGAAAAUCUGAAUUCAUGUUCUAGCUUACAUGGCCAUGAUAUUGGACCUAAUAAUUAUUUGAACAUGGGGAAUAAAAUCAUUGGUCAAGUCAGUCCUGUCUUUCAAAAAGAAAGCAAAUAGGAAAGGAAAGCCAUGUCAAAAAAUUUUCUUUAUGAGAAAAAUAAUUUCUGUUCUUCCUGAGCUGCCAUCAUCCUCUACUUCCCAAAAUCUUAUCUUAGAUGUAUUAAAAUGUGUAAUUUUGCCUCUGAAAGGAACAUAUGAAUCAGUAGUUGACGUUGAUUUCAACAUUAAUAAGCAAGCUGGAUUUUGUCCUGAUCAGUAUUUGUUGUCAAUGAUUCAUUUUAAUGUCUAUGGAGAUUCUCAAACAUUCAAGUCAUGGUUGUCUCAAAAGUGCUUUUCAAAAGGCAACUGGACUUCCUUAAAACCAUUUUGCUUUUCAUCCAAGAAGCUUCUUCAGUUCUCUGAAAAAGAAGACUGAAGAAGCUUCUUCUUUUUGAGAAGCAAAACGUUUUCAAGGAAAAAAACCAAGUACGUUCAGUUGCCUUUUGAAAAGCACCUUUGGAAUUGAUUUCAAUCAUCCUUAGUAACUCUUGUGGAUGUUCACUUCCAGUACAAAUAUGCUUCCAUAUCCUGGAUUUGAUUUUAUCCGUUUUACAUAUUCUAUUUUUUCCUAUUUUUAAUGUACCAUUGUAGCCAUUCUAAUGCCAUUUGAUAUAGAGUGAUUAAAACAGAAAGGAUAGAGAACAAGUCUGGUUAAGAGCACCUGCACAAAAGUUUGUUGUAUUGUACCUUUUUAUUGUGGAAAACGUUGGGGCCGGGGCGGGGGAAUAUAAGUAGAACAUUAACUUGCCAUAUUAUACUCAGUUCAGAAGCAAAUUGUUAAAAAAUGACUAACAGGAUGAAUUCCUUUUGAUACUGCUUUAUAGUCAUGUAGAUUUCCAAGAAUAUUUGCUUAAAUCUUGUAGCCUACCUUCAAUCUUAGCUUUCAGAAGUAAAAAUACUCUGUUAUACUAUCUGCAAUUGCCAAUGUUGGUUGCUUAUAAACAAGACAUAUCUUUAUAGCUGAAGUAAUGCUACUAAUAUUUAAUUGCAAAGGAGAUGGAUUUCUAUAAAACAUUAUUGAAAGCUUUCAAUUUCUGCAGUUUAUUUUAUAUCUGUUAAUUUUUGUCUUUGUUUACAUAUGCGUUUAUAUCAAUAAUGCAGCCUUUACUUGGAUUCAUAAUAUAUACUAGGUAAAUAUCUAGGUAAAGGCCUUUACAAUGACCAGAAAGUACUUUUAUUAUAAUAAACUGUAUGUCUCAUUUUACAUUGGACAUUUAUUUGCAAUAAAUAUGUGGAAUAUGACUAAAUGUCAGAAGGAAUUAAUAAUACAAUCUCUCUGCAUAGCAACAAAAGUAGUCCUUGUUUCUCUAGCUCUGUCUGGAAAUAUGAAAAAUAAAACUAGAGAUAUGUUG